CAAAAUCAAUCGCCCCGUCUCCCCACCCCACCCCACCUCGCUCCCCCCAACGUCGGCAGCCGGAGCGCGAUGGAUGAACCCAACUCGUACGAGGAGCAGCGCAGGAGGCAGGUGGAGGAGAAUGAGCGGAAGCUGGAGGAGCUGCGCCUGCACCGCCUCUCCGCCGCCGUGCGCGAGGCCGCCGUCAAGCCCAUGCCGACCAAGGAGCUGAAGCUGCGGUAUCUUCGCGCGCCGCCGCCCCCGACCCGGCGGUCCGGCCGCGUCGCCAGUCUCCCCAAGCAACCCGAUUACCGCGACAAGAAAGCCCCGAGAAGGGGAUUACCACCUGAUCGUGUGUACGCGACCGACGAAGCUAGAGACUACGCCUUCACCAAGGCCAAAGAGCUCAAUAACCAGCUGUCCUCCGCUCACCCCUCCUUCAUCAAGCCCAUGACCCGUAGUUAUGCCACGGGUCACCUGCUGACCAUCCCGCAGCAAUUCAAGAAGAGCUAUCUCCCAUGGUUUGAUGAGAUGAUCUUUCUGGUGGAUGAAGAGGAUGGGGAGUUUCCCAUGCCUUACAUGGCGCAACAUGGUGCCAUCGGCUCUGGGUGGAACUUGUUCGCCAUCGGUCACAAGCUGGCUGAUGGUGAUUGCUUGGUGUUCCAGCAAGUCCAGAGGACAAAGUUUAAGGUCUACAUAAUUAGAGCAAGUUCCUACUACAAAAAGGACCACUGUUGACGCCUUUAGCUUCAACUAUUGCGACCACAACAGUGCCUUGCAGGAUGGAAAUAUAUGACUGAAGCGAAGAUCAAUGGGAGCCUUGCUGUCCUGAAGUUUAAUCUAUUAACAUGGAAUGAAGAAUGGUAGUGGAAACAAAGUAUUUCAUUUGGUUAGGUCUUUGUCUCUAGAAACUAGAAAAUGUACCCUUUUCAGACCUUAAGUAUAUUUACCUAUGUAUUUUCAGAUAUAUUCGCUUUUAAAUUAUUUAAUGUGCCGAUGCUUUGGCUUCUGAACA